GGUGUUUCCGGGUUACUCUGUGAGCGCGCGCACACGGACGGAGCGCCACGCGCAGACAGACGCGACGUAUCCGAGACCCUCCGCGAUAUCACGCUGGACUGUUGCUGCUCUACCUGACGGUCAACGUGCUGACGCGACGCGAGGAUGCAGUAUAUCCUGAUCAGCACACAGAUACGACUGGAGACGGGGCCCACCAUGGUCGGAGACGCCAAUUCCGACCCAUCGGUGAUGAACUACCUCGGAGCCCGGAAAACCACCAUACUGGGAAACAACUUUUCAGAGUACCAUGUGGAUGAACCCCCGAGACUGGUCUUGGAUAAACUCGAGAAGAUCGGCUAUAGAGUUGUCAGUAUGACGGGUGUCGGACAGACGCUGGUUUGGUGCCUUCAUAAAGACACCAGUGACACUUAGUGACUCUAAUGUCUCUGUAUAUUCCAGGUAAACAUGGUGAAUGAGUUUAACGGUGCAGUAAUUGCACACUUUGAACACUUGGUAGACCGAUAUAUCGGUUUAACCGAUUAAUCGGUGCCGAUAGUUGCUGAUAUUUUCAUUUUUCAUGAAUUCUCUGUGGCCGGCUUGAUUGUACAGUAUAACAGCGGCUUCUAUAGGUAAAAUAAAAACAAUCAUAUAGAGAUUUGCAUAAUAAUAAUAAUAAUUUUUUGAAUAGUAAUCCACCUUAGUACUCAUCAAACCUAAAUCUGGUGAAAUAUGUAUAAAUACUACUAAAUGCCGUACUAAAGGCACUUGUUACUAAAGAUUUUAAGAACUAUGUAAAAACUCCAUUGUAACCAUCUGUGACAACUACCAACCACCUAAUAACACCAUAGCAACCACUAAAAAUACCUUAGCAACCGCCCUGAACACCCUAGCAACCGGAUAGAAAUGCCCUAGCAACCACCCAGAAUACCUUAGCAACCACCUACCAACACCAUAGCAACCACCCAGAACACCCUAGCAACCGGCUAGAAACGCCGUAGCAACCACCCAGAAUACCUUAGCAACCACCUACCAACACCAUAGCAACCACCCAGAACACCCUAGCAACCGGCUAGAAAUGCCCUAGCAACCACCCAGAAUACCUUAGCAACCACUUACCAA